CACUGCGGCACCGCCGUAUCCCUGCGCCCCGGUCCCCGAGUCUCCGGGAUCCUGGAAGUCUGAGCUGGGGAAGAGCGGAGGGUACCUUUCCAUUGCUGGAUCUAUUUGUCAGCUCCAAACCUACUCGUGCUUUUUUUAUUAUUUUUUUAACAAUUGACCGACGGACUGCAACUUAUCCGGACGGUCCCUCCCCCACUCGCAAGGGAGGGCCACUUUGCUGUGUUUGUGUAAGAAGAACAGGAGAGGAGGAAAGAUGCGACAUCUCAUAUCGGACUCGUCAUGGCGGAUCCUGCUCCAUCAGCAAAUUUUUUCUUUAACUUGAAAACCUCCUCGAAAAGCUGCUCCUGUGGCGGAACGAACAUCUUUUCAGUGAUUUUGCUGUUUAAUCGAUGAUUUUACGGUACUGUUGUAGGAUUUGAUGGAGUGCCGUUGGGGACAGUCACUGUACUUGGAAUCUAGCUUGCUUCAGUGACUCAAUGCAGUUUUGCCUUCCCUGUAAAAGACUUCAUCUGCCGGUUAUUACAUGGGUACUUUGGAUCCACUAUAUUAAUAUUCAUUGGGAUAUCCUCGUCUGGAUUUGUCGGAGGAAGUGGAACAUCUAGUAUUUGAUCCUUGAACACUUUGCUUUCAUUAAGAGGAGGUAUUAUCUGGAGCAUUCCCAUGAAGGACAUGGAUGGCCCUCAAUCUAGUGGUCUGCGCAAGAAGAAAAAGUCCAGGUCAGAGAGAAAUCGGGAAAGGAGAUCAAAUGGGAUAAGCAACAAUCAUGUUAAGGGCUCUGUCUUUCACUUCUCAUCUGACUCGGAGCGGGAAAGCAACAAGGAGCCCUCCUCAUCCCGUCCGAGACCCCCACGCAGAAAACGGAAGGAGUCUACUUCUGCCGAGGAAGACAUCAUUGAUGGCUUUUCUAUCACGGGGUUUGUGACCUUGGAGGCUUUGGAGGAAAACCUGACCCUGAGGCCCCGAGGGCAUAGAGUGAACCUGGCUGCGCCCCUGUGCAAGAAAAAGUCAGCCGGUGUCCCCAAUGGCCUAAGCCUGGAGCCCUUUAAAAACAACUAUCACCAUCACCAGCCGUCAGAUCAGGAGAACAAUCCCCGUUUGGCACACGCACAAAGCAAAAAGAAGAAACACCUGAACAAGAAACGCGCAACGCAGCUGAAGCCUGGACAGAAGAAGCGGAAAGACAGUGACAGUGAGAGCCUGAGCGGCGAACCCAAGCCUUCCAUGAGGUGCAGCUCCAGAGACCGACUUACAGAUUGUGAUACGGAGACUGACCAGGAUGACAAGGUUUCCGAUGCCAGCUCAGAGCAAUUUUUCAGCACAGCCGCACUUAAAGUUCCAGAUUUUGGCAUCAAUGCGCUCUCCACCAAUGGCAGCCAGGUGCCUCACGGCCCAGGCCUCCUCAAGGUGUCAGGCCUAGAGCGCAGUCAAGAGAGAAGCCAGGAGAGCUGCAGGGAUUCCCAGCCUCCUUUGUCGAGCACCCCUAGGCAGCCUCUGCCAACCCAAUCCCUACCCCCACCUCAGCCCCAGGCCCAGAUCCAUCCUUUCCUCCCCAAGUCUUCGUCCGGACAAAAGACCCAGGCAAUCAGCUCAAGUCCAGCUGUUGCCUCAAGUCAUCCGCUCCCACCUUCGGAGGCUGUGCUCAGGCCUCAGACUCCCGCAGCCGUGCCUCUUACCCAGGGCCGAAAGCACUCGCCAACACCUCCUGCCCGGCCCCAGCACCAAACAGAACUGCUCUCUCAACCUCGGUCGCUGCAUACACCUGGGAGUCAUCCUACACCUUUCACCAACCACAAUCAUCAGCAGCACCCCAGCCAGGCAGGGCCUCAACGCCCCCCCUCACGGUGUAACCCCCGAUCCGUUUCUACCUACAACGGCCUCAACCUCAACGGCUACAGCAGCAGCAGGAGUAGCACUCCUGGGAGCAAGCCCCAAGGGCCUCCUGCUCCGUCCUCGCACCCCCCCUACCACCCACCUCCUCCCGUUCAAGGCGCCACCGUUUCAACCUUCCCCCUGCCUCUUUCAGCUAACCACAGCACCCCCCACAGCUUCCCCCCUGCAUUGCAGUCCUCACCGCACCCUCAUCACCCCAAUAUGUUCGCUCCUCCAGCGGCUUUGCCUCCACCGCCACCGCUGACGUCUAGCACACUGCCAGUACCGGGACAUCCUGCUGCUGGGAGUGCCUACUCGGAGCAAGAUCUUCUACGUCAGGAGCUCAACACUCGUUUCUUGGCCUCCCAGAGCGCUGACCGCGGCGCCUCGCUGGGCCCCCCGCCCUACCUGCGCACCGAGUUCCACCAGCACCAACAUCAGCACCAGCAUCAGCACCAACACACCCACCAGCACACGCACCAGCACACCUUCACGCCAUUCCCCCACGCCAUAAUGCCCACCCCAGCACCAUCCAUGGUGCGUACCCCUGCCAGAAAUUUUGACAAAUACCCAACAAAAGUUGACCCCUUCUACAGACACAGUCUCUUUCACUCUUAUCCACCGGCGAUGUCGGGGCUUCCCCCUGUCAUCCCUCCAACUGGGCCCUUUAGCUCACUGCAGGGUGCAUUUCAGCCCAAGACCUCAAAUCCUCUGGAUGUGUCCACGAGACCUGGGGCUGUCCCACAUACUUUCUUACAGAAGGACCCAAGGCUAGCGGAUCCGUUUCGGCCCAUUCUCAGGAAGCCAGGAAAGUGGUGUGCCAUGCACGUCCAUACUGCCUGGCAGAUAUACCAUCAUCAACAAAAAGUCAAGCAGCAGAUGCAGGUCGACCCUCACAAGUUAGAUUUUGGCCUCAAGCCUGAGUUCCUGAGUCGACCUCCGGGCCCGAGUCUCUUCGGUGCUAUCCAUCACCCCAGUGACCUGGCACGUCCCGCCACACUCUUCUCUGCUGCAGGUCCAACACACCCAUCAGCAGGUCCCUUCAGCCAUCCACCCCACCACCCUGGAAACUUCCUGACCCCAGCACCUCACUUAGAACCUUUCAGUAGGCCACCCUCUUUCGGUGGGCUGGGAGCUCUCAGUUCAUCAGCAUUCGGUGGCCUGGGGAAUCCAGCACUAAAAUCCCUGACAGCGGCUAACUCCAUGUUCGGCCAUAAAGAUGGCCCCAACUCACAGCAGCACUUUGGCGCCGGUGCCAACAGCAACCACCAGGAGCCCUGGAACCGCCUGCACCGCACUCCACCUUCCUUCCCUACACCUCCGCCUUGGCUGAAACCUGGAGAUUCGGAGAGAAGCGCCUCGGUCAGCUCACACGAGAGAGACAGGGACUCUGACAAACGGGACUCCAUUAGCAGUAAAGAUGACAAAGACAGGGAUUCCGUGGAGAAACGUCACUCGAGCCACCCCUCUCCAGUCCCAGUGAACCCCAUUAGUCUUCUUGGUCACAGUCGUCCUCCUGAGCACCAUAGGAACCAUGUGCCUCCGUCCUCUGGAGAUCCUCUGAGAGACAAAGAGAACAAGUCCAAAGACAGAGAAAGAGAGCACCCCGAUUCUUGGAAAGAAAGCAGCACAGACGACCACAAGCUCAAAGACAACCAGCAAAGCGAUAAGGAUGUGUCCGCUAUCCACGAUGGGAGGGUAUCUGAGGACAAAGUGUCUAACAGAGGCACAGCCUCGCCUUACAUCCGACAGACUAGCCUCGAGCGCCCCAACGGUGGCCUGAGCAGGGAGCUUGUCGAGAAGAAGGGAGAGCUGCCAUUUGAGCACAAGAAGAACAGUGAGGUGAAAGUGAAAGAAGAGCGAAAGGAGGACCAAGAUGCAGCGGCGGAGAAAACAAGCGAGCACCCGUUGGUGUCCUCCGUGCCAAACCUCCACCCUCCCACCUCAAUGCCUAUGCCAAUGGGCAUGACAGGAGUUCAUCCGAUCAACAACAUAAGCAGUCUGGAGAGAACUCGAGUGGUGGCGCCCUUUAUGGGUAUCAGCCCAAUCCCUGGCGCUGAACGUUUCCCAUACCCCGCCUUCCAUUGGGACCCAAUGAGGGAUCCUUACAGAGGAUUGGACAUUCACAGACGGGACCCUCUAGCUAGGGAUCUGUUGCUCAGGAAUGAUCCUCUUCACCGGCUGACGGCGCCACGCCUUUACGAGGCUGAGCGAUCCUACCGGGAGCGCGAACCUCACGACUUUAAUCGCGACCACUUGCAUCCUCUCGCCUUGGAGCAGAGGAGGGAGCACGAGCGCGCGCAGCUGGAGGAACGCGAACGGCUACUCAGAGAGGAUUACGAGCACGGUCGCAUUCACCCCGCCAUGCACCAUCCGGCCCUUGACGGACAUCUUCCCCACCACGCUCAGGGGCUCAUGGCCCCGGGACUACCAGGCAUGCACUACUCAAGGGUCAGUCCCUCUGCGGCGGCGGCUGCCGCUGCGGCGGCUGCUGCCCACCAGAACAGUAUUCUGAAUAAAACUCCGCCCACCGCUUCUCUUAGCGCCCCGCCCCCACUCAUCCCCACACUGGGCGCCAGGCCUGCCUCGCCCAGACGGACCGCCCCCCUGGCCACUGAUAUAAGAGACAGACCUCCUCACAAGGACAUCGAGGCACGGUGAAUUGAGCCCCGCUUACGAUAAACUCCCACCUAGCACUUAGCUUCGGGCAAAGCAAGACUGUAACAUAGCUGUGAAUAAAAUACGUGCGGGCACAAAUGUCCAAACAAGGAAUUGCUUUUGUCAAUAAUCUCCCGAAAGCAACUUUUGAUUUUUCAAUCCUUUUCUUUUUUUCCAGUGCUGCCCCAGCUUUUGUGUAUGUGUUCAGUCUUUUUAUUGUAUAGCAAAGUGGAUUGAGAUUUUGGAAUGUACAGAUACUUUAGCACUGACAGACAGCAAAUUGUGUAAAUAUAUGUACAGUCACUGUGCUGGCUUUGUAUGGAUCAUGGUACAAAUAUGCAAAAAGGGUGAUUUGAAAGCUUUACUUUGGACAAAUGUACAUAAAGAAGUAUUUAGGCAGUGAUUCAGAAUGUGCUUUUUGCAUUUUUGUUAUUUUCGAUUGACGCAGCUGAUUAAGCAUUGUACCAGAGACCCCCCACGUUCUACUAUGCAACAAAUUUGGCUCUAUUCUCUCACCACGAAAACGCUGUAUUCUCUCCACAACUUUACAAACUGCUUGCUCAAUUUAGACAGAUACAAGCUUUAAAUUAAACAUAAAUGAUAUUGUUUUGAGAAUCACUUGGUACUUUGUUAGGACAAUCCGAGAGAUGAUUUUGUAUCUAAAGAACUUUCUGUAUGAAAGAAGCAGCAGCGCAAAUAUGAAGACCAUCUUAAACUCACUCGACUGCCUUUGGUCUUGUUGUGGGGAGAAUGCAUCAUUGUAAACUCCACAUUUAAUCCAUAAAAGGCGUGUAAAGUACAUGUUAUAAAACUAGGUCAUGUUGGUGUAUUCAAAGUGCUUUCUUGAGUUGUGGUACCUACAAAAUUAAAAGACAAAAAAAGCAAAGUAUGGACAUUUUGUUUCUAACGAGCAGAGAUCUAUUUUAGUAGUCCACCGAAGGUUUAGUCGUGCGCUUCGAAUUUGGUGAAUCUUUCGUGCAGUGUUAUUUUACUUCAACAUUGAAAUGUACAACAGAGCCAUAGUGGUUAGCUGAUGCGUAUUGCAAAAAGAUUGUUAAAUGAGAUUUUUUUUUUUUUUAUUUGCUGUUAACAUGUACAGGUGAAAAAGAAAAGAAAAAUCUUUGUAGAUCAUGUACAAAAUCAUCAAAAAAUUAAGCAACUGAAUCUUCAGCAUGUCCCUCAUUUAAAAUGUGUUAUGUAAAUUGUGCCAUGUUAUUAAAAAAUGUGUACUGAA